CAAAACGAGGUUGUAAACAAUAUGGCUGUCGAAUGAGAAGCAGUAUAUGAGCUGUAAAAAGGCACUGAAAUAUGGCUAGAAGUGUACCAUGGAGAAGAACUUGCAAUGAUCUUGUGUUCUGGCGACAGACCCAGGCUCAGAAUGCUACCAUUUAUAUACUACGGGAAACAGGGCCAACAGGUUUCCUACUCAAGGAAGAGGGUGAAACUAAGCCUUGCAAGGCAUUUCUUGGAGACCCUCACAGCUGUACAUGUACACAGUUUAUGAAAGAUCGAGAUCUAUGUAAACACAUAUGUUGGUUGUUACUAAAGAAAUUCCGUGUGCCACAAAACAACCCAAUGUCUUGGCAGAAAGGUUUGGUAGAGCGAGAGAUCAAUGAAAUUCUACGUGGCAUUACACAACAGAUGCGUAAAAAGGUUCCAACAGCCGUGGCACGAUGGAGACGCCCAAUGUCAUCAGACAGUGAUGCAAGGGAGGUAAUCCCUCAACGUGACAUUGCAGAUGAUGAUGUUUGUCCAAUUUGUCAAGAUGAGUUGUUAGCUAAACGGCUCCCAGUUACAUAUUGCAAGUUUGGUUGUGGGAACAGUAUACAUAUAAAGUGUAUGAAAGUCUGGGCGGAACAUCAGAAGUCACAGGGAGAAACUACUGUCAAGUGCCCAUUUUGUAGAGAAGAUUUUGGACCUUUUGAAAUGUUGAAGUAUGAGAACCGUAAUGCGGAGGGUGCCAGCCAGGGAGGCCGUAUGGACAGACAUCUAGGUGUAACCUGUCAGAGCUGCAGGGUAUCCCCAGUGGAAGGAAAAUGCUAUAGAUGCAGUUCAUGUGCAGAUUUCCACCUGUGUCAGUCGUGUUUCAACACUCCUAUACACACACAGCAUGCCUUUGAAUACAGACAUAAACGUAAUCAGCGUUGGAGGGCGGCAGGAAGAGCGUAUGGAGCUGUAUUACCUCAAGCAGUGGUAGAUGAUCUAGUGAACAGGGAAAUAUCAGAUAAUGAUUAUGAUCUGCUCAUGCAGCUGGACAGUAACAAUGCAGCUACAGGGAGUGAUAUACCUGAAGAAGUUAUCCAGACAUUCCCUCUUGAGAAAGUAAGGCAGAAUGGUCCCUUGCUUCAACCAGGUGUUCAGUGUAGAAUCUGUUUACAUGGGUACCAGCUUGGCCAGUUUGUUAGAAGACUUCCUAGAUGUAAACACAAGUUUCACAGAGAUUGUAUAGACCCCUGGUUGUUACAUUCCCGGCCUACCUGCCCUAUUGAUGGUCUGGUAGUGUGGGACAGGAUAACAGCCCAACUUGAUGAGGAAGACAAUAACAGAAAUAGAGCAAAGAAAAGACAGAGCAGUUCAGAUACCACUGUGCAGCCCAAUGGUAUUGUUAAUUUAGAAAUUCCUGGAGUUGGCAUUGCUGCACGAGCACCAGAAGCCAAUGAAAGUAAUUCCAGAACCAGGGUUUCAGGUAGGCCGCCACUUAGGCGACCUCGUGACAGGGUAGACAGGGAAGCAGAGAGAGUACUUGGCUCCAUACAGAAUAACUUUGGUGUCAGUGGAACAGCUGUAUCAGAAAGUGAAAACAAUUUAGAAACCAGUGUACGACUACCUGGAGGUCGGUUGUUAAAUCGUGCAGGUCAUCAGAGGGCAGCUAUGAGUGACCGGUUAGCAGGAAUUAAUGAAAGGUCAAACCCAGCUGAUGAUCAUUAUAUGUCUAUACAAUCUUCACAAAUAGAACGAGAAAAUAUAGACCCUCUAGAUCAAGUUGUAGCUGCAAACAAUGAACACUGCCAUGCUGAUCCACACAGUCAAGGUCACAACACAGGUGCACAAGGUCAAAGUUCAAAUCAUAUACUUCAAGAGAGACAAUUCAACCAUGGUUCUAUCUUUUCAAACGAUGUACAAAAUUCACCAGAUGUCACUGCCGCUCUUUUAUCGAAUAUGGAAAGAUUGUCACCAUGUCGAGAAAUGCCUAACGUGUUUGCAGACGCUGCAUCCCAACAAUUGAUCCUCGACUCAGUGAGGUCUGAGGAUGCUGGGAGAAAUCCUGAAAGUCAAAGGUCAAGGUCACUUGGUGGAGCAGUAGCUGAUAUUCCACCUGAGCAAAGACUGUUUGCUGAUUCAGGUACAGGAUCCAGCUCACAUAUAGUUUUUGAUUCCUCACAAAAUGUGCCCAGGGGCAGUAACUCUGGUCAACCUAGCUUGAAACAGCGUAGACAGCAACAGCUUGUCUCGAGUGCACCUGCUUCCAAUCCAGUCGCUGGAUUUUCAUACCAUUUUCCACUCUUGUCAUCAGAACGAGGUAGAGCUGCUCAGAGGGGCUGGUCACAAAACAACAGCAUGGCUCGUAACCGUAGCAGCAGCAGAGAUAGGGGGCGUGAUAACAGCAGAGAAAGAGGUGGACAUGGUACAAGGCCAUUGGGUACAGGUCCAAUACCUAAAGAGGGAGAGAAUCUGCUGGAAAGGCUUACACUUUUCACAGACUUAUACCUAGGAAACAGUCCCAGGUCACAUCCCCCAGUGUCUGGUAACAUAACAGCCACUGGCCUGCCACCAAGACCCAUGCGUAGACACCUAGAUAACCAUGCUGCUGCGAGACAGAGGCGCUUCGAGAAUGAUAGACGUAGAAAUAACUUCAGUCUGGAAGGAAAUGCUUGUUCUGAUAUAACACUUAGAGAUCUUCUUGGUUAGAAAAAACUCGGAUGUUAGUGUUGAAGGCAAAACACAGAUGAUAAAACUGCUUGUUCAAAUUAACAGGAACACUAAAUGAUCAAACAAAUAGCUCUGUAUCAUUAUUUCUAAACAAAAAGGCUAAAUAUAAAUUUUUCAAAAGGGAAAAAUGUUUAAAAAAGUCAGUACCAGUACUUUAAACUUUGUAUGUAUUGUAAUACAAACGUUAAUAUAGAAAAAAGGCAGAUUGCAGUUUGUUUUAAGAUGGCCAUGAUUGAAUGAUUAGGUAAUUUUAUGUGGUUUGUAUUUAGAAUAAAACUAUAUUUUUUAUUAAGAUGUUAUACAUUUAUCUGAGUCAGUGACAUAUUAGGUUGGUUUGUCAAACUUUGAAACUAGUCUUUACUUGAGAAUUAGCUCAGUGACAUGCAGCAGAUCAGUAGACAGUAUAUCUAUGGCACUGUCCUAGUAUCCUGUGACUGUAAUAUUACAAAGUUUUAGGAGAAACAAAGUAAGUUUCAGAAUUUGAAAUGAAAGUGAUUUUUAUGCCCCCAAAGGAAGGCAUAUUAGUUUUCAACUGUCCGUCUGUUAGUUCGUUCGUUAGUUAGUUAGUUCGUCACAAUGUUAACUUUUUGCAUGAAGGCACUUUACUCGCGAACCACUGCACCCAGGACCUUCAAACUUCACAUGCUGAUAGUACUUAUUGAGUACACAACCCCUGCUGACUUUGGGGUCACCAGGUCAAGGUCACCAGGUCAAAGGUCAAGGCGCUGCGGGGGCAUUUGUCACCAUUAGUGACAGCUCUUGUUUUAUGAAAUUCUUAAAAGGCAAAACAGAAUUUUCAGUUUAUUUUUCUGUUAAGAUUGACAAAAUAUCCUAAAUUAUUUAAAAAAUGGAAUGUCUUUUAAACAAAAACAAACGUCAAAUAUUGGUUAAAAUCGGGCUUAGAAUUAUUGUUGCAAUUCUAUUUCGCGUAAGUUUCUGAAACUGCACAUUAGGCUUUAAAGCAAGAAAUAUCUUGUAUCAAAAUUAUAUGUUUUAUAAAUUUUGAAUUUUGCAGCAUUUGAAAUGGUUAUUUGUUUCAGUAAUUUUUCCAGAGAUGCAGCAAAGUACAUUACAUUCCCAGCCCUCUAAAAAUUGUUUUCAUGCCAAAAUGCAGUUACAGGUUUUUAGAGCAGAGCAAUGUACAUUUUAUAAAAUGCUGACAUGUUUUAUUUCUUUAUAAUUAGCUAGAGUACCUGUACUUAAUACUUGUAUUGUUUCUUAACAUUUAGCCUGCUGGCAGCAAGUGAUUCUGCCUUUGCGACUAGUGAAGACCAAGAUGUGCAGGCUGAUCAUGGUCUGCACUGGUCGCUUUUCAGUCAAUAAAUUUUCAGUGAACACCCCUUUAAUUAAUAAAUGGUAUUGCCCAAAUUGAAUGAUGAACCAGUCAUUUUAGAAAUUUAGCAGACAGUGAUGCCAAUAUGUACAUAAACAGAAAGUAUUGUAGUUUGGUGUUUUUAGUUUAUUCAGGUUUCAGAUGACUCCCAUUAGAAUUUAACAGUGUAGGUGAUAAUCUAGACACUAAAGUAUGUGUCCUUGUAGUGUACUUAUAAAUAUAGUAGUUUCUGGCCUAUUGUUAAAAUCAGUCUACAAUAUUUGAUGAUUAGUUCAACAUUGAGGUAAUUAAUUUGACCUUGAGAUGACCAGUUCAACCUUGAAUUGAUAAAUUUCACCUUGAGGUGAUCAGUUUGACCUUGAGGUGAUCAAUUUGACCUUGAAGGGAUCAGUUUGAUAUUGAAGGGAUCAAUUUCACCUUGAGGUGAUCAGUCUGACCUUGAAGGGAUUAAUUUGAACUUAAGGUGAUCAGUUUGACCUUGAGGUGAUCAGUUUGACCUUGAAGGGAUCAAUUUGAACUUAAGGUGAUCAAUUUGACCUUGAGGUGAUCAGUUUGAUAUUGAGGUUAUCAGUUUGACCUUGAGGUGAUCAGUUCGACCUGGAGGUGAUCAGUUUGACCUUGAAGGGAUCAAUUUGAACUUAAGGUGAUCAAUUUGACCUUGAGAUGAAUCAUUUGACCUUGAGUAUAAGUAUAUAAGUAGUUCUGAUACCAUUUUGAUUUCUUUGUUGACCAGUAUUGUUAAGUGUAUAGUAUUUUAUAAUUUUAUCAAAUCUGCUGUACUGUGAUAUGUAUCUUUUGUGAUAUAUAGGUUUGUUAUAUUUUUAAUGGGAACCAGGGAUGUCUGUGUGAGGUAUUAGCCAUGUGUUCAAACAAAGAAAAUACUUCAAAUAAAAAAGAUAAAAUAUAUGCAUGUAUUUUUGUGAAAUGCUUAGAUUCAGUGUCAGUCAUCAAUAUAUGUUUGUGUAAAUUUGUUUUGUAAUGUGUACACUGUAGAUGAGAUCAUAUUUGUGGUUGUUAUUUUAUGCUAAUAUUCAUGAACUGUGUGACUUAUAAUGUUACCUACAGCAUAGCUAUUAAGGUGUACUUUGUCUUAAAAUGCAAACAUUUUUGAAUAGGACAAUUUUUGUCCAAGACAGUAACUGGAUCUUGUUUUGCAAAAUUUCAGCAACUUGAUGAAAAAUGAUGUAAAGUGUACUCUUUUUCAAAAUUCAUUAUUAUGUUGCAAUAUAAUAAACUUGUUUGUUGUGUUUUUAAAGUAAAGGUAAUGUGACAAGGUUCUACCACAAAUAACAAUAUUGAGACUAGUUUAUGUACUUUCUAGAAAGUCGUAUCUUUAGUGGUAAACAAUUCUUAGUCUUGAGUCGUACUUGUUUGCGUUGAUUCCUUUAAAAAUGUCGUAAAAGUGAUGAUAUAGAAUUAGCAAAACUUUAUUUCUUACUUAUUUGCUCAACUACUUCUCCGCAUUGUUUAUAUUGCAUUAUCUAUUACAUUUAUGUUUCGUAGGGUGUAGUCAUUUGAAAUCUGUGUCGGACAUCAGUUCUUCGAAUAGUUGAGCGCACCAAUUUGGCAUUUUUCAACAUUGUUUAGGCCAUACAAAUCAUUAUAUAAUAAGUGAGCCUUGCCCUUUGCUCUGUAAUGUGAGUAAAAUGCGAAAGAAGGUUUAAACAUGCCAUAUCGUCACAAAUGGCACACCCAAUAUGAAAUUUUAAUCUCAGUAUUGAAAUAUUUUAAGGUAAGGUAAUAUAUUUCAGGUUCGUUUGCAUCUUAACAGAUUUUGUUGAUACCUAUGUAAUGAUAAAUGGUAUUGUGGUAUAGUUUGAAUUCAUUUAAUUUAAUGAUGGUUCCUGCCAAAAUGUUUAUUUCCAUGAGAAUUUUACUGCCUCAUUGAAAUUAAAUUUUCUGCAUUGACUCAACCACAAAAUUGGCAAAAAUCAUCCCCCAUGUAAAUUAAUGAUUUCGCAAUAUUGCACUGCAGAAAGUUCCUGCUGAAAGGUGGAAAAAGUGAAAAAAGAUGCUGAUUUAAGAUGUUGUCUUUUCUUCACUGGUGAAAGUAAACAAACUGCAUGUUCUUAUAGACAGACAGACCUUCCUUAGAAAUAUUUGUAGGACAUAUUUUCAGGAUAAUGUUGCUCAGAAAGCAUGUGUGUUAUUUAUGUAAUGUAAUGUAGGAUAGGCCGAUUUCCUAAAAUUGGUUUUCUUUUAGUUUCCAAUGUAAAUAUUAAUUUCAAGUUAUCCUGGGAAAUUUGUGCAUUAAAGUUUUUACACCAAAGUCUCUGUAUAGUGGGUAUAUCAGUAUUUCAUGCUGUGAUAUUUAUUUCAAUUGUUGAAUUUUAUACUUUUGUUGAAUGAUAAACUUGUAAUGAAGAUAAUUAGACAAAUCCACGAGAUAUUCUAGAAUUGCUACUGCCAAAACUAAUUUCUAGAAAUAGAUAACUAAUUUCUGUAAUAACUAUUUUGUGUCAUAAAAUGGAAUCAGCAACAGAAAUUAUCAAGAGCUUUAUUUUGUUAUUUUUUUGUAACAGUAGUAACAAUUAUAUUUGCUGCAAUAUCUUAAGAAAACAUUUGAACAAUUUUACAAAUGAUUGUUGUCUGUAUGUUAGAUUAAGAUCUUCUCAUGUUUUGGAAUCUGUUAUAUACAGCCAAUGUUAUUUUUUUAAAGUAUUAAUUCAAAUAUAUAUGUGAUACCGAUUUUAUGAGUCUAUUAAAUUGUUGCUUUUUUGCUGUCAUAUUUAUGUACUGCAGUUUGUAUGCAGGUAGGUCAGUUAGAAUGUCUGUAGAUUUUAGAGAGAUUUCAAUAAUCCAUUUUAAACACAAGUCUACAUUACCAUUAUUUUUUUCAAAGCAAAUAUAUUUAGUUUACAUGCUUUUGCUGAGUUUUAAAUUUUUAAUCAGUAUUUUUUGAUGAUAGGAAAAUUGUUUCCCACAAUUCCCCCUACUACAUCAAAAUAAAAGAAACAGCAUGUUUUUUGUCAAGAAUAAAUUAUGUAACUGUAGAAUUAGUAUACUGUGCUCAAGAUAUCUGUAUGUCUAUAGAUUUAUUAACUAACCUACAACAUUUGCAUUAGAUGCGGGUACAGUUUCAGUGUGAGAUGCAGAAUUAAAAAAAUAG